GAAGACUUCAAGUUUGAUGAACCAGCUGCCAGGGAGUCCCAAACUUUCAUUCCUGUCCUUCAAAAAUGCAUUUCAUGGCCGCUGCAUGGGUGAGUUGGAACACGUGGGCCCCGGGUUGAGAGCCCUUGUUUUAGUGGUACCCUCCAUUCAUAUGGAUCACGUCAGGUAUCAACAUUCCGAGGUCACUGACGCGUAUCCCUUGUGCCAACAGGUGCCCUGGCGAUGAGCCACGCCAAUUUGUUCCACAAACUGGACUUCCCCGUGCCCGACUGGCCAGUGGCGACUUUUCCCCGCCUCAAAUAUCCACUGGAUGAGUUCACCAGGGAGAACGAUCGGGAGGAGCAGACGUGUCUUGACGAGGUGAGGUACACAGGUGUGUGGAUGUGUGUACUCUUCUUGACAAUGUACACAGGUGUGUGGAUAUGUGUACUUGUCUUGACGAGGUAAGUGUGUGUACGUGAAGGUCUAGCGUGCCCCGGCGUUAUCUUUGGAGUGGCACAAAAUCAUUAAAAAGUAAUUGAGGAAAAAAAAGAUUUUAUUAUAUAAAAACCCCAGGUUUUGACAUUUCUGUAGCAACUGUUUUUUUACGGUUGAGGUAACUGGCCCCACGCCAACCCUCCUCCUUUUGCAUCCGGGCUUGGGACGCAUUUAUUUGUGCUAUUAAAGAAAAUAUGGGCGUCGAAGAAGCUGAAGCCGAAAAUAAAGUCAGAAUAUUUAACUCAAAUGUCAAAACAGUACUACUACAUGGAGCAGAAAUUUGGAAAACAACUGCGAGCAUUAAGCAGAAAGUACAGACCUUCAUAAACACAUGCCUUAGAAAGAUCCUGAACAUCAAAUUGCCACAUACCAUUACCAAAAAAAAAAUCUACUAGAAAGACUCACCAGGUGCCCAUCGACGAAGACAUCUUAAUGAAAAGAUGGCGGUGGAUAGGGCAUACUCUCCGAAAACCCACCGAUAGCAUCACCAGACAAUCCCUAACAUGGGAUCCACAGGGGAAAAGAAAGAGUGGAAGGCCAAAGAAUACAUGGAGACGCGAUCUAGAGGCAGACACGCAAAAUAUGGGAUACACCUGGAAGCAAAUGGAAAGGAAAGCACAGGACCGUGAUGAGUUGAGAAUUCUUGUGGAGCCAUCAGAACAGGGUGCCACCAGAGCAUCGUGUCACUAAAGCAGGGUGCCACAAGAGGCAUAGCUACGGAGGGGGUGUUGGGGGGGGGGGAGAUGUCCCCGGGUGCUAGCGCAGUGGAGGUAAGCAAAAAAUGGGCUAUAAUGGUAUUUUAUUAUAAAAAUAAUGUAUUUGUUUAAAUUGACGGGUGCGUAAAAAUGAAUAUUUUCAAUGGGUGCCAGACACUACAGCUACGCCCCUGCAAGGGUCGCCACCUCUUUCUGUCGUCUGCUACAGUGAGAGCUGGCCGUAGACUUGGGUUUCUAUUCCGCACAUCAGUUUCUACAAUUGUUCUUGUGCCAGGUUUCUGUGGGUCUCCCGGAAUUUUCUUUCCCUGGGUUGUCCAUCUUAGUGCUCCUGUCCUGUGAAGUGAACUUGGUGGCUAAGCUACCUCCAAAGACUUUCCUCUAUUACUUACUUCCACAUUAGUCAUUCCCGAUCAAGAAAAUAGCUUUAAUUUUUUUUUUCAAGGCUGGAUUUUACCAUUUUGAAGGGGCGCACGCGGCUCGUGGGUUGGGGACCCUCGGGUUAAACAUAUUUUUUUUACAAAGCUAACAACCACCAUUGUUGUUAAAUGUGUAAUUAAAUAACGUGUGUCCAGCGUAAUGUUAUAACGUGUCACCAUAUUUGUGAUCCCGUCAAGGUACGAGAUCUCAUCGCUAAGUACAAGAGGCGGGGAGAGCCUGUGGCGGGAAUUUGUGUGGAGCCGAUACAGGCCGAUGGGGG